UCCAAUAAUGGGAAUGAAUGCUUGACCAAUAUUUUGCCAGUUUGUAGUACUUGGUUGCUGAAAACACAUCUGCCCCACCAGGAUUUUUGUGCUGCUGGAGUUUCAUUUUUUAGAAAAGAUAAAGUCCUUAAAGGAGAGAACUAUUGGAACUCAUGAUCGUUUCUUUAUGCUGGAAUUUCAUGUUCGCUUACCGAUUACGAGAUGUAUUGCCUUUUGCUGUUGAUACUCCUAUUUUGCGGCGAGGGGAAAAGUCAAGAUAAUGUGUUCACUAUCAAUAAAGUUUCACUCCAGGCUUUUCCACAAAAUGAAGUGCGCAAUGGAGACUCACUCAUCCUCAACUGUUCUGUAGACAUUAGCAAGAACGAACAUUUUCGACUGAAUUACACGUUUUCAUUUUUCAAGAAUGGUGACCUUCUGUUUACUAACAUGGUUGAACAAGAUAGCGCUCAGUAUACAAUCUCACAAGCUAGAUUUUCUUCUUCAGGAUACUAUGACUGUUCAUUAAGUGUUGAGGAGAAAAAAAAAUCCAGUGCUCCUUUGACCAUUAAAGUUGAAGGCAUAGUGAAGCCGAUAUUGAGUGUCCAGAAAACAGAAGUGAUGGAAGGGGAAAAUGUACUUUUACGCUGUGAAGUGCCGGAAGAAAAGCCACCUUUUUAUUUCACAUUUUAUAAAACUGCACAGUCUGCAAAUGGAGUUGUACAUGAGAGGAGACGAACAUCGCAAUAUGAAAAUUUUGUUGAGUUAGAAUUUCCCAUUGAUGCCGGAGACAGGAUUUUAUAUUUUGAAUGUGCUGUCCAGAUGAAUUCAAUGACAGGAUCUCAAACCUCGGAGCGCAGUAACCGAACAAUUGUCACCGUGACUCAACCGUUUCGUGUUCCUGAAAUAACCAUCAACCCACCACAGAAUAUUACCGAAGGGGAUAAGAUCUGCAUAACAUGUUCAACUGUUAUGAACAUCCUACUUCACCAGGAUCAAACUGAAAUUAUCUUGCAGAAAAAUAAAACAAUUCUGAAUAGCACAAAGGGCAGAGAGAACCUAAUGUAUUGCAAGGUAGUCAAGAUGGAAGACAAUGGCAAUUAUAUUUGCAAAGUGGAGCAUGGAAGUGUAUCUAAAAUCAACAAAAAAGAACUUGUGGUGGCUGAACUGUUUUCCAAACCGAUGUUAGUGGUUAAUAAAACCAAAUGGGACGAAAACAGCAUCGUAGAAAUUCAUUGUCAAGUGAAUGGUUCAAUGCUGAUUAGUCUCUCACUCAUAAAGGACAACAAAAUAUUGGUAAACUCCAGCAUUUACAGGACUAAACUCCAUGUAUCUGACAGUGGAAGCUAUAUAUGCAGAGCAGAGAUAAACAACAUUUCCAAGGAAAGUGACCCAGUGUUUCUCCAUGUUUAUGCUCCAGUUUCUCUGCCUGUCCUUUCUCAACCAUUUUCCCAAGUCGCUGUACUUGAGAAGUUCUUCGUCUUACAAUGCUACUCAAGGUUUGGGACUCUGCCUAUCACAUACUCCCUUUACAGAGGGAAUAUAAAUAUCAGGCAGAUUGUAACUGAAGAGAAUGUACCAGCAAAUUUUACGGUCAAAGCCUCUAGCAUCCACGAGUCUGGACAAUACAGGUGCCAUGCUAACAACGGCCACUCUCUUUCACAACAAAGCAAAAGGCUAAAUGUCACUAUAAUAGCCCCAGUUGCUAACAUAACCUUUGAAAGAAAACCACAGGAGAACAUAGAAGAUGGCAAUGAACUCUUAUUUUUCUGCUCGGUUGAAUCAGGAUCUUUCCCUAUCGAGUUCCACUUUUUUAAAGAAAAUGACGGCAAAUCCUUACGCCACUUCAUAGAAAACAAAAAACGGACAGUUAUUUGGCACAGGGAAAGCUUCGCAAGCCAGGAUGAAGGGAGUUACUUCUGCAGAGCUGACAACCAAGCAAAAUCUUUUGUGGAAAGCCAGAAGAUCCUAGUCAAGGUUGUCAUGGCUUCGUGGAAGAAAGGACUUAUUGUAACCACAAUCCUCCUGAUUUUUCUUGCUGCUAUAAUUACAAUCAUUUGGUUGAAUUGUCGUUUGAAAGCAAAAGCAAAAACCAUUUCUACGGAGUUGGCUGUAUCCAAAAGAGGAACCAAUUCAGUGGAUGGGAAACUGACAACAGGACACAACAAUGAAGAAGAAUUCUAUUAUGGUUAUAAUGAAGAUGGCGAAAAAAAUCACAUCAGUGCAAAAGAGGAUAAUAGAGGAUCUGACCUUGAGGCUCCUGAAGUGGAAUAUACAGAAGUACAAGUAUCGGUGCCUGACCCUCACCGAGCUCCUGUAAUGAAUAAUGAGACAGUUUAUACUGAAAUCAGAAAAACUAUUAAUGAUGCUGAGAACAGACAUUCUAGAAUAGAACCUUCUCCUGACGGGACUUAGGAAAAGGUGGCAGAGGAAAUCCGUGAAAGCAAGAUGGAGGAUGUCCCAGUUCCAGUUAUUCUGCAGCAUUUAGGUGCUUUCAGAAGUCGCACUUUGCUUGAGCGGUUGGUAACCCCUGUGGGGUGAACCGAGCAUCUACAGUAUACAGUACUUUUGCUGUUUGCCAUUGCCAUCCCAUAACCUAGUCAGGCACUCUUUCCAAAUGGUUGUUCGAUAUUUUUUUUAAUGCCAUUUUUAAAUGGAAGCACAUAUUUACAAGACGUAUUUACCAUCUUAGUUGGUUGUUCUGAAUCUUUCAAGCCAGAAAAUAAACCUGCCAGAUACAUUAUCUGGUAGCGACUUCCCUUUCCUAGAAAAUCAUGCAUGCAGUCUGGCAGUGAAUUUGCAGGCACAAACACUGCUGCUGUGUUUCAACAUUUCAAAGCAGUGGCUUCCAGACUGAAAUAUGGUCUACACACAAAACAUCUUUCACAUGGGAAAGCAAAAUGUUGCGUAAAGUUUCAUGUCACUUUUGCACCAUCAAUGAAAUGUGUCGAUUCUCCUUAUUGCCAGAUAAGUGGUAAGAAAUGUUUAUUCACGUGCCCAGUCUCCUGUCACAAAUAUCCAUUUGCAAUGGACCAUAAAAAUGCCCUUGAAGGAGCUGCCCUUUGAAAUGUGCAAUUAGAAAGAGCUAUUACUUGCUCUAAUGAAUAGCUCUCCCAUUACAUUUGACUCUUCAGAGCUGGACAUGUCCCAUAAGAACCAAAUGCCAUUCUGACAAUAGCUUUUAAAUAAGUACAUCUGUGCAAAGAGUUUGAUUUCCCCACCCCAAGAGACUAAUCAAUUGCAGUGCAGCCUUGAAUUUUAAUUGCUGCUUGUCAAAUAAUCUCAAAUAACUUCUUUGAACUCUAAAAUCCUUGUGGCUGAUGCGCUGCUUGGUUAUGUCUAGAACACCAAGGCCUGACAGUAAUAAUGAUAGUAAUGUUAAAUGUACACAUCACUCUAAGGCAUGAUUUACUUAAUCAUGGUUUCCUAAGUCUCAAUGAUUUGAUUUCCACAAUGUGCUAGGCCAUCAUCCCCCAGCCUAUGAUGAAGCAUUCAAUAAGCCAAGGUUAAGUGAUACAUACUGUAUAUAAUAUUGAUAUUAGACUAAACAAAUAUGGGAACAAAUCAGUUUCCUGUCUGUCUCCCCAAUGCACAUUAAACAUAAUCAGUGUUCAUAGGAUCUUGAUGCAGCGACUAUGUGUAUGUGUCUAACAAUUUUCAAAAGUUACCUGAAAAUAAAUGGAGGAAUAGCUAGUUGGCAUGACUCCAUGCUAUCUCUGGUGUCCAUUCAGUCUAUUCCAAGGUAGCUUUUGCAUAAAUCAGAGGCUCUAGGACAGAGGUGUCAAACUCACAGCCUGCGGGCCAGAUGCGUCACAUGCUGGCCAUGCCCCCCUCGAUUUAGCGGAGGAAAUGUCCUGAUAUGUCACAUGACAAUGACAUGACGAUGUGAGUUUGACACCCCUGUUGCAGCAUUCCUGAUUCUCUGCCAUGUUGGCUGGGUCUGUGGGAAUGGCUAUUUAUCCUGAUUGGAGAACCACAAGUUUUCCAACAUUGUCUUACUUUCUUGAAGCAAUCCAUAUUUGCUUAUAAACUGCUGUUUUUGCCAUUGCUGCUUCUGAGGAUCAAAUCUCUGGAGAGCAGACUCUUGAUGACAAUUUGCCGCUGGAAUAAAUUAUCCACAUUCAAGUCUGAGUUAAGUUUUCUCAUUCAAGUUUACCUCAGUGUUAACUGAUGGGAAGAAUGAAAUCUGAUGUUAAUUUGUAAUGUAUAUUCCAUAUGGCUUUCAUUUAAGUGCAUUGUAUUAAGUUAAAGACAAGAAAGACUUUGGCAUAAUCUACUGUGCCAGUACAAACGCAGGAUUAGCUGUAUUGAAAGAAGGCAGUGAACAAAUCCUCAAAGAUAAUUCUUCAAGAAAAUAGGCUGCUUAAAAAUCAAGAUAAAUACCUCAGUGGUAAAAGCAGUUCAAAAUUAAAUCAGUUAUGGAGACAGAUAGUAGCUUCUCCUUUAUUGGAGAUUUUCAAGCAGAUACUGGCCCAAUAUUUAAGGAUCCUGUAGCUCUGGAUCUCCUAACUCAGUAGAAGGUUGGAUUGCAUGGUCUAUAAGAGCUUUCCAACUCUGUUUUUAUGAUAUCUCUGGUCAACUCAUAUUUUAUUAGUGUUUAGGAACAAGCACAUGCACACAAUCCAACAUAACAAAGAAAAAAACAUUGCUAUUGGUAAAACACGAAUAAAUCCUAAUGUACCAUAAAGUCAAGCGUUAAUCUUUUUUUUUCCUGUUAUAAAGUUUAUAAACAAACAUUGUGAUUAUUAUUAUGGUCUCUGUAGAUUUGUAACAUCAUUUCUAACAUGAAGGACAGCGUCCAUGUUUCAAGAAACUUUAUUGUGACUCAUAAAAAGUCUAUUUAGGUCCUCAUUAGCAAAAUAUUGAAAUGCUGUACCCCAGCUUUUAAGCACAAUAUGAAAUCAUGCUGCAGAAUCUUUGCAACAUCCCUCUUGAUGUGCAUACAAAAUCCAGACCAUGCUUUCCUAUUCAGAUGUUAUUCUAUAUAAUUUGAUGUCGUAUUUUUAUUAAAGAAAUCAUUUGAAUGUCA